UGACAGUUUUACAUUACUUUUACUUCAUACCAGCCUAUGAAGCAUAAACACUAUAAAUAAGGGGUUAAGGGUACCAUACAUAGGCUUGAAGAGGCAAAACAGAAAGCAUCUUCCAGAUUAGUCUUCUCUCCUCCACUCUUCCAAUUACACAAUCUUCUCUCUCAAAAUCGAACUUCAUCUCUCAAAUUGAACCUGCAAGCAUGGUCGGAACCACUCAGAAACCCUCCACAGUCACCAAUAUCAAGUUCCUCUGUAGCUACGGCGGCAAAAUCCUCCCUCGUUAUCCAGACGGAAAGCUCCGGUAUCUCGGUGGUGAUACUCGCGUUCUCGCCGUCGAUCGCUCGAUUUCCUUCACCGAGCUAUCGUUGAAGCUCGUGGAAUUGUGUGGAACUUCCGUUUGUCUCCGUUGUCAAUUGCCGUCGGAAGAUCUUGACGCUUUAGUCUCGAUCACUUGUGAUGAGGAUCUGAUUAAUCUGAUUGAGGAAUACGAUCGAGGUGCUUCAUCAUUAUCAUCACUGAAGAUCAGAGCGUUUCUAUUUCCUCCAAAAUCAGUAAAAAAAAUCUCUCCUCCUCCUUCAUCGGCUUCGUCCAGUUCAUCUUACAGUACUGCUCAGGUUUCGACUCCAAGGUCUCCGAUGUCAUCAUUCACCGACGGCCGGUGCCUCCGACAGAUCGCUCCACAUAUGGCGUUUCAAAAAUCGGUCGUCUCUAAUAGAGCACCCUACUAUGCUCAUCAUCACCAUAAUAUUCAUGGAAAUCCAGGCCAAGUCUACCUCAUUCACCAUGGAAACCACUGGCAAUAACCAGAAGAAGAAAAAAAAAAAGAGACGAUGACGAAAAUGAAAAUAUUCGUUCAAUUUUAAAGCCAAUACUACAAAUAGUAUAAACAAUUGGGGCCUAAACGAAAAAACGAAAAAAACAAAGGAGUUAUAUAUAAAAAAAAUGCAGUAUAUAUAUGAUGUAUUUGGAGCUGUAUAUCGUUUGAGAUGGAUUGCUUUUAGAUCCCUGGCGAUUAAUGAAUUUCAGUCCAGUUUGGUGUUU